GCGCGAGGCCCUUUGAUGGACUGCACCAAAUUAGUACCUUUUGCCUUAGAAUAUUGCAGGGAUCCGUGAAUUAUUAAUUGCUCUGGGUCAAACACACGCCAUCAUCCACUUGUCUACCUCUUGGUGUCAACAGAGGGGGAGAAAAAAGAAAGAAAAAUUGAAACGGAAAGAAAUUGUUGAAAUAGAAGACAGAAAAUGAGCAGAAGAUGGAAUAAGAUCAAGGGAAACUAAAGGAAACAAAAAUCAAGAGCAGAAGAGAAAAAAGGAACCAGAGAUAUAGAAAAAAAAAAAAAAAGAAACAAGGAAAAAGUAUAACUCGGGAGACAGAUAGAAAGAGGAAAAGGAGUCAUAAGCACAUCCAGUCGCACACACUCACCAUGGCCCUAAGGAAUCUUGUGGACGCCCAGUGUGGGGAAGGCAAUGCACUGGUCCGCCUCACGCAGCAUGUCAUGCGCGACAAGUCCCUGGCGGACGAGGGCCUCCGCUGGCCCCAGGGACGUCCUCCAGCCCAAGAAGGGGCCUUCAAAGUGCAGUACGGGCCGACCCUCGUGGGGGACCAGUUAGUUGAGGAGUUCAUGACAGAAACACAGCAGGCAGCCACAGCAGCUCCCCAGGCCUUCAGGAUGGACUCGUUACUUCAGGAAAUGCGUGAGAUUGAGAGCAUGCGGGCCAGAGCAGGACCCAUGAGGGGGCCGGGCAUUGCUGACCUGGCAUCGGAAGCAAGCAACUGGGCUGAAGAAUACCUAGCCUCAGAAACACAUGUCCAGGACAUCGGCCCUGUAGGAGACUGGACCAAAGAAUUCCUCGAGCAGCAGCACGGCCUCACAUCCCCCGAUAUAAUAACAGAUAAUGACACCAAGUGGGCCCACGAGUACUUGAACGACAGUCUUCUAGAUGAGGCAGCUAGCUCGGAGGCAAGCAAGUGGCUGGAGGAAUAUAACCCGCAGGAGGACUCUGAGCUUGCCAGGACAGCCAAUGAACUUCUAGGGACAGUGGACGAUCCCAAAUUUUCUAACACUGAGUUCAUGAAAUUCAUCAGGAAGCUCGGGGAGGGGUCGAAGGGCGAGGUCUCCAAGGACUGGACGGAAGAGUUCCUCUCGGCCAACGCCGGCAGGACCUCAGCCGAGUCCUGGAGCACAGAAUUCACCAAGGGACAGCAACAGCAGCAACAGCAGCAGCCACAUGAUCGCUGGGCCGAGGAGUUUGCUCAAGCGCAGAGAUUAGGGACCCUAGAUCAUGUGAACGUGGACAGCGAGAAGAUGAGCAGCGAGGAGCGGGAGGAUUUCUGGCAGAACCUGAAGGAGGAGUGGGAGAAGAUGGCCCGUGAGGAUGACUUGGAGGAACACCCUUGGCUCUCGGAAUUCAAUUCAUCCUCACUUGAACCUUUUAAGGAUUACAAAUUUGAGGAGGACAACCCCCUGAAGGACCACCCGGACCCCUUGACAGAGGGCAAAAAGUGCCUGGAGGCGGGAGACCUUCCCUCAGCUGUGCUCCUCUUUGAGGCUGCCGCACAGCAGAAUCCACAGAAUCCUGAAACAUGGCUGCUGCUCGGGGCUGCCCAUGCUGAGAAUGAGCAGGACCCUGCUGCAAUAUCAGCACUUAGGAGAUGUGUAGAACUUGACCAAAAUAACAGUGUGGCUUGGAUGGCUCUAGCGACAUCGUAUACUAAUGAGUCUUACCAGACACUGGCUUGUAAUGCACUCAAGGAGUGGAUCCGCACCAAUCCUGAGUAUGCCCAGUUAGUCCCAAAAGGUGACACAUCACAAAGGAAGUCAAAGUUAAUGACAUCAACUCUUGCACCAAGAGCACUGAUCCAGGAGGUGCAAGACCUCUAUCUGGCUGCUGCCAAUCAGCGGCCAAGUGAGAACAUCGAUGCGGACGUGCAGUGUGGCCUUGGUGUACUCUUUAACCUGACAGGCGAGUACGACAAGGCCCUCGACUGCUUCCAGGCAGCCUUGAGCGUCCGGCCGAAGGAUGCUAAGUUAUGGAACAAGAUUGGAGCCACACUUGCCAAUAGUGAACGCUCCGAGGAAGCAAUAGAAGCUUACCGUAAUGCUCUUGAAAUUUCUCCUGGCUUUAUAAGGUGCCGCUACAAUCUGGGGAUUUCAUGCAUCAAUCUCGGUGCUCACAGAGAGGCCAUGGAGCACUUCCUGGAGGCCCUGAACAUGCAGGCAGCUGGUCGAGGGCCCGGAGGGGAGGGCUCCACGCGAGCUGUGUCUGACAAUAUCUGGUCCACCCUGAGGGUCUGUCUGUCGUCCCUAGGAGCAACACACCUCAUGGAUGCUGUUAGUAAGAGAGACUUAACUCGACUGAAUGCCGAAUACAACAUGGGCACGUCGAGCUGACUCUCCUCCCCCUACUCCCAGUCCCACCCCUCCCUCCCACCUUCCACCAUAAGCAUCCGCAAAGCCUUCCCACCGCUGCUUACCCCCACCACUACCACCUCUGCCUCCCCUCCCACAAGGACAACAGAGUCGUUCCUGUGCAGUGUCCACGAUAAUUUGCCCUGUGAGUGCCUUCACCCACCCAGGCUGAUGUCAUUGGUGCCUCACUCUGACAGACGACGAGAAAGCUAAUGUGAAGUCAUUAAGGCUCUUAGCUGCUGUUGUCCAUUUUAUGGUUGUGAGUGCUCUUUCACUCAGCUUGUUGGCUGGCUGAGUGGGUCUCAGGUCUCAGCACAGAGAGGGAGACCUGGAGAUCUUCAGGGAUGAGAGAGAGAGAGAGAGAGAGAGAGAGAGAGAGAGAG